GACCCAGUGUUUAAACUGGUAACUGCUGCAAGACCCAGUUGAGAGGUAAGACAGAGAGAAUGUCUUCCUAUGAUUGGUUCCCCGUAUUCUUGCUUGAGCAUCUCUUUCAAUGACAGCCUCCGGGCAUUACUAACCUGAAGUGAGAAAGCAGACCCCCAGGGCCUGUCCUUGUGGCCAUAAAAUAGCACCUCAGGGAGGUUGAGCCAGUGCCUUAGUUGGGACUAAAGAGAAAUCAAGAGCCAAUGCCUGCAGGGUUCUCCUGGGCAGCUUCCAGGUGAGCCCAGUCUGGGUGCGAAGCCGGUCAUGCUGCCUCAGCUCCUCCCCCACGCCCUCAGCCGGUGGCGAUGGGCCUCUCCUGCCCGUCAUUCUCUGCCUCCUCAGGCCUGGCUGCAAGUAGCUUCCCCAGUGGAGCCAGUUGUCACCUUGCCAGUGGGGGCUGGAGCACAGUUCUCACCACCUGCCACAGGCAAGUGAAUUUAAAACUCUUGCUGAAAAGAAAAAUAUGGGGCAGAUGUCAGCCAGCCUCCAGCUGCUACAGAGCAGGUGUGGCUCUCUUCAAGCCACCACCUAGCCCACUCUUCCCAAUAUUUAUUUGUUUGCUUGCUCUGUGGCCAGGGAGAGGUGGCUGUGGAGCCAUUGCAGGAAUUCCCGCAGCGAGAGAGGCUGGAGCUUUUCCUUGGCAGCUGAUGUGACUGAAGAGUUGGAGGGUGUUUUUCACGGGUGACGAUCUGUAAAAUGAGCACCCCCAAGCCUUCUUGUAGCUCAUCACCUCUAAUUCCCUCAUGUAGCCUCGAGCAGGGAGGCUGUGUUCGUUAUAAUUACCGCCAACCCUUAGUGGCUUACAAUGAUACUCGUGUAAUGACUACCCAUUUAAUGACUCAGUUUCUGCCCAUUUAAUGACUCAGUUUCUGCGGGUCAGGAAUUCGGGCAGGGCUGUGGCUGUGAACCAAGUGUCAGAGCUGUAGACUCAUCCGAGGCUCAAGGCUCGACUGGGGAAAGAUCCACUUUCUGGUUCCCUCUGGUUGUUGGCAAAAUUCACCUCCAGAGGCCCUCUCUCAGCAGGGUACAAACCACUAAAGGGGGUCCCCACCUCCAGCCUGCAGAGGUGGGCUCUUUCAUAAUGUAACCUAAUCGAGGUGUGACAUCCAUCAGCUUUGCCAUAUCCUGUUGGUGAGAAGCAAGUCACAGCUUCCGCCCACAGAGCCCUUAACACCGGGAGGCAGAUCACGAGAUUACCUUGGAAUUCUGCCUGCCUCAGGGAGAGGAUACACGCUUAUCAGUAAAUGUUCCCAAAGUGUUUCCAAGUGAAGGCCCAACCUAUUCUGUAGGAUCACACGAUUUUCUUUGCAAGGAAGCAGGUUUGUUCUUUCCUCCCAGCUCAGAAAGCCUCCAAGUCCCGACACACAGGCCAACCGUGUUCUUUCUCCACUUGAUUCCGGCUCCUGCUCUUCCAUUUCUUGGCUCUCUGUUCUUGAGAAAAGGCUCCCAUGCUGCGGAAGGGCUUGGAGGUUGGGACCGGCGCUCCAGAGCGCCCCACUUGGCUGUAGCUCCAGGAAGGUCUCUCCGACCUCCGUCCCCUCGCACGGCCCCGCCGAAGCCGCUGGAGGAAAAUGGUGUGACAGUUUCCUAUCAAGCAGGAUUGUCGGGCACACGGAACCCCCGUGAAGAAAGUGGCCCUUUUCCCCCGUUCGCAGGAGAGACAUUCUCAAAUUCCAAAAUGCCAGCCAAGACCCCCAUUUACCUGAAGGCGGCCAACAACAAGAAAGGAAAGAAGUUUAAACUGAGGGACAUUCUGUCUCCUGAUAUGAUCAGCCCGCCCCUCGGAGACUUUCGCCACACCAUUCACAUCGGCAAGGAGGGCCAGCACGACGUCUUCGGAGAUAUUUCCUUUCUCCAAGGGAACUACGAGCUUUUGCCUGGAAACCAGGAGAAAGCCCCCCUGGGCCCGUUCCCGGGCCACAGCGAGUUCUUCCGGGCCAACAGCACCUCCGACUCCAUGUUCACAGAAACGCCCUCCCCUGUGCUCAAGAACGCCAUCUCCCUCCCGACCAUCGGAGGGUCCCAGGCGCUCAUGUUGCCCCUGCUGUCCCCGGUGACAUUUAAUUCCAAACAGGAGUCCUUUGGGCCGGCCAAGCUGCCCAGGCUCCACUGCGCGCCCGUCGCGGAGGAAAAGGCCCCGGAGAACAGCCGUCUGUUGGAGAACGGGACGGUCCGCCAGGGGGAUGUCUCCUGGGGCUCCAGCGGGUCCGCGUCCGUCUCGCAGUCCAGCCAGGGCAGGGACAGCCACUCCUCCAGCCUCUCCGAACAGUACCCCGACUGGCCGGCCGAGGACAUGUUUGACCAUCCCGCCCCGAGCCAGCUGGUCAAGGAAAAGACUAAGUCAGAGGAGUCCCUCUCGGAUCUCACGGGCUCCCUGCUCUCCCUGCAGCUCGACCUCGGGCCCUCGUUUUUGGAUGAGGUGCUGAAUGUCAUGGACAAAAAUAAGUAGCAGGACACCUCCAGCGAUGCCUUUGGGGUGAAAGGUAUCAAAAAACAACAACAAAACAACAACCAACCACAGUCGAGAAGAGCUUCACUGGCUAGAUUUGCAAGUUACGUGAUGGGUUUUCUAAGAUAAUGUUCCUACAGAGUAUUUUUUUACUUGUUAGGCCUUGUUUGCAAAAACAGUUUAAAAAAAAAAAAAAGACCCGUCCUAGCAAAAAGAGGAAGUGAGUCAGUGAGAACCCGUUUCGGCAGGCAUGGCUGAUGUUCAGCUCACAGGUUUUGUUUGUAGACACAUAGGAAUCUGGCUCGGCCAGGAUGGCACUAGCCACAAAGGGCUGCACGGUCACAGGGAGGAACUUCACAGCACUUGGCAUUUUCUGAGCAAGAAGAAGUCAAAAUUUUAUUUCACACCUAAACCUUUUUUUCUGGACUCUUUUCAAUAUUAUGUUGUUUGGGCCCACCGUAGCGGAUUCUUCAGUGUUAAAACUGUUCUGUUUUCACAUUUGAACAACUUUAUGGGUUUGUGGGAUUUUCUUGUAGUUCUUAUAUAUACACCUAUGUAUUAUGUCAAUAUUGCAGAAUUUUGACUGUCAGCUACAUGUUGGUAGGACAAGCAAAGUAUUACUGUAACUAAGUUAUUUUUAAAGUUAAAAUAUAUUUUUAUGUGCCUUUGGCUUUUUUAUUGCAGAGUCUGCAUUUUAUAGAUACUACAUCGAAUGUUGUCAUUUGACUUGUUUCCAUUGUAAGCUGCAUAUGUGUAUGUUUGGAAAAGUGUAUUCAUACUUUAGCUUUAUUUUCUCUUUUCUUCCCCUGUUAAACUUCUCAUAACAGCCAACCAUGGAUUGUCAAGUGUAAAGGCACAGGUUGCUCAUGGCGCUUCUGCAGAGACUGUGGGCUACACCACAUAAUGAUCUUUGGAAAUAUGGGGAUUUUAGUACAGUACAUACCUGCAUUACAUAGGUACUUCAUACAACACAAUAAAGAGUAAAUGUUAAAA